UUUUUUUUUUUAAACUUUCUUUCGUUUUGUGCAGAUUCCAAAGAACUUAUACUUGAUAAUGUGUAAAAUAAGAAUUAUAACAGGGUUCUCUGCAUAAAAUGGAAUAAUAUGGAAAUAAAUGGAAUGUUAAGAAAAUGUCACAAGACGCCAUAUUCUUUUUACUGAUUUUUUUUGCUAUUCUUUGGAAAAUGUAACCUUAGAUUUUGUUUACAAAUCCUGUCUAGUCAAAAAGUAUAUGCAAUUUAAGCGAUUUACUGAAUCCUCUAAAACGAAAUUUGAAAAUUUCGAAUGUUAAUUUCGGAAUGUGUGCCAAUACGUCUAAGUGUAUUUUAUGUUUAGCCUCUCUGGCAUUCGACGGCUGGCAAGUCGAUUUUGUAUUUGUACACAAUAAUAAGAAAUAUGUAUAGUUGUAUAGGAAGCAUAAUUAUUAUAAAUAUAUAUAUAUACAUAUAUAUAAUUAUAGCCCUGAAAUGAAUGCGACAGAAAACAUAGAUAACGAUAAAAACAUAAGCCUGAUGAGAACAUUUUUUUAAACGCAAAUUCGCCGCUGAGUUUGGAUAGAAAAAGGUAAUAAUGAUAUAAGAAACGAUGUUGAUAAUAAUAUUUUUACACCAAGUGAAAGUAAACGCAUAUAAACGAGUACAAAGUGUUACCAGAGGACGGAAACUCCAAGCUCCCAAAAUUCGGCUUUCCAAACCCCAUCUUCAGCUUUUCCCAUCCGAAAACUGCAAACUCAGCGAUCCAAAGAAUAUAAAACAAAAACGAAACGAAACGGCACAAGAAGAUGCACACUAUAUGUAUGUAUAUGUAAAGCAGAAGAUAUAGAUACAAUACGCGACCGAUCAGGAACUUAGCUCAAGCAUCUAAACACUUAACGGAAUGAAUUCGAGAACUCGAAGUCUUUUUUUUGUACUUUUUAAUUAUAAAUAAUACGUAUCCAGUAUGGUAUAUGGGCUAUAUAUCGAUAUAAACUACCCAUAACUGUACUAAAUGGUAUUUGUACAACUAAGCUAUGAUUUAAUGUAAAUUAUGAAAUUUAUAUAAGAGCGAAGAAGGCGAUAAAGGAGAGGAAAUACAGCAUAAUGAAACGAGAUAUACACCACAUACAACAAAUGAAAAUGAAAUAAAAAAAACAAAAAACCAAAAACCAUGAUAAUAAAUAUAAACAAACACACUCGAACACAAAGAGAGAAGGGGAGAGAGAUCGCUGAUCUGAUCCACAUGAUAUAUAUACACCUAUAUAUGCAUAUGGCGUAAUCAAAUUAUCGAUUAUUAAUAAACCGUAAAUCGAACAAUUAUUUGAAAGGAAACCACAAACCACCUGGCUUUUCAUUAACAAUCUCAGAAACCCAAAAAAAAAAAAAAUUUUACAAAUUUUAACAUACCGAAAAAAUUGCCGUUUUCUCCCGGAAAUCGCUCGUUCAGGAACAGAAAGGGACAGCACGAGCACCGGACCCAGCGCCCCAUCCCUUUCUCGCGCCCGUUCCCAUGAGCGAGUGCGAGCGGGAUACCGCCAGCGCUGCAGCGCUCACCAGCAACCACAAUGAAGAUGACGAUAAUGACGAGGCUGGCAGCGAAGCGGCAGAAUUCGUACCGCCCCUGCCGCCCAUCGAACCGAUCAAACAGCACCGCCCGAAGAGCCAACCGGCGGACGAGGCGCCACCCGAGCAGCCGCCCAACGAAGACGCGUUGCCGCCGCCGCCCCCGCGAAUCGGCAGCAGUCAAGUGGGCAGCAGCGUGCUGAUAAUGACGCCCGACCAAAUAAUCGAAGCCUACGAACGCGCCCUGCAGGAGGGGCAAGAGAUCGACGGAGCAAGCGAUGGGGAGAAGAGCGGCUGGCUGAGCAGGCCGAUCAGUGUGAAAUCGACGCUGAGGUCCGUACGCGACGGCCUGUUGUUCGUGGUCGGCGGUUUUCUGCGGUUCGUACGACGUCUAGACAUGCACGGCGGCACGACGGGGAACAACAUUAACUUCGUCGAGGGUCUGAUCGACUUUAUGGCGGGAUCCCUGGGCGGAGCGGCCCAGGUGUAUGUGUCCCAGCCCCUCGACACGGUCAAGGUCAAGCUGCAGACCUUUCCGGAGGCGUAUCGCGGCAUGUGGGACUGCUUUGUGAGCACAUACCGCAAGGAUGGCGUACUGCACGGAUUGUACGCCGGAUCCGUUCCGGCCGUAUUCGCCAAUGUGGCCGAGAACUCGGUGCUGUUCGCCGCCUACGGCGGAUGCCAGAAAUUCGUUGCCUUCUGCGUUGGCAAGGAGACAGCCGGCGAUCUGACCACCGUUCAGAAUGCCUGCGCCGGUUCACUGGCCGCCUGCUUCUCCACACUGACCCUCUGCCCCACGGAGCUGAUCAAGUGCAAGCUGCAGGCGCUGCGCGAGAUGAAGCACUUCGUUGAGCCGGCCCAUCCGCAGGACAUACGCACGCCCUGGACUCUGACGCGCUACAUCUGGCGGACCGAGGGCAUCAAAGGCUUCUAUCGGGGAUUGAGCUCGACUUUCCUGCGCGAGAUGCCCGGAUACUUCUUCUUUUUCGGUAGCUACGAGGGAACCCGCGAAAUACUUCGCCGCGAUGAUCAAUCCAAAGAUGACAUUGGACCGCUGCGUACGAUGAUCGCCGGCGCCAUUGGAGGCGUGUGCCUGUGGACGUCGACAUUUCCUGCAGACGUGAUUAAAAGCCGCAUCCAGGUGAAGAACCUCAACGAGAGCAUGUUCGCCGUGGGAGCAGACAUAGUUCGCCGCGAAGGUGUCUUGGCACUCUACCGCGGUCUGCUGCCAUCUGUCCUGCGCACCAUUCCAGCCACGGCCACCCUAUUUGUGGUCUACGAGUACACCAAGCGAGCGAUGAGCGCCACCCUCUGACGACGCCACCUGCCAUCCAAUGGAGCGCGACGAACGGCGGGGUCCGGUCCGGUUGCGGGGAUCCGGGAGCAAGGCGCUGUGCUAGUAGUUGUGGGCCGCGGGCGGUCAUUAUUAAAUAUUCGAUAAUUAUUUCUUUUUUUUCUAGAUAAUUAAUAGAUCGUAGUGUUGUGCCUGUACAAUGUUCCGAUAAUGCUAAUGACUGACUAAUAUCAAAUCUAUUGCUGUUUUUCAUUUCA